AUGUGGAUUGAUCCUAGUUUAAAUACAUUAAAACCUGGUUUAAUUAUAAAUUAUGGUUUUGAUUUAAACAAAAUUUUUUUUAACGAAGAAAUUUUAAAAUUUUUUAAUUUAAAAAAAGUUAAUCAGUUAAUAGAUAGAGAUGGUGGUGUUUAUUUGGUUAAUCAUGUGAUAUUUAAUUAA